AUGGAAGGAGGAGAAGGAGGAGGAGGGUUGAGUGUUGGGAGCAUACCAUCAGCAUCAUCUGCGCCGCCGCCAUUUCUGAGCAAGACAUACGAUAUGGUGGACGAUCCAACGACAGAUUCGGUGGUGUCUUGGAGCAAGAGCAACAAUAGCUUCGUGGUGUGGAACGUGCCGGAAUUUUCCAGGGAUCUUUUGCCUAAAUAUUUCAAGCACAAUAACUUCUCCAGCUUCGUUCGCCAGCUCAACACUUAUGGGUUCAAGAAAGUUGACCCAGACAGCUGGGAAUUUGCAAAUGAGGGUUUCCUAAGAGGCCAAAAGCACCUUUUGAAGAGCAUAAGUAGGAGGAAAUCUUCCCAUACACAAAAUCAGCAACCCUCCCAAUUUCAGAGUUCAUCUGUUGGGUCUUGUGUUGAAGUUGGAAAAUUUGGAAUAGAGGAAGAGGUCGAAAGACUGAAAAGAGAUAAAAAUGUUCUCAUGCAGGAGCUUGUCAGGUUAAGGCAGCAGCAGCAAUCGACAGAUAACCAAUUGCAAACUGUUGGGCAGCGUGUUCACGUAAUGGAGCAGCGCCAGCAACAAAUGAUGUCAUUCCUUGCAAAAGCCAUGCAUAGCCCUGGAUUUGUUGCCCAGCUGGUGCGUGAUCAAAAUGAAAGCAACAGACGCAUCUCUGGAGGUAAUAAGAAAAGGAGACUCCCCACUCAGGAAGAGGAAGUCUUAGGUGGAAAAUUAAAUGCCGUGUCGCCUGAUGGACAGAUUGUCAAGUACCAGCCUUUGAUGAAUGAAGCUGCAAAGUCCAUGCUGCGGCAAAUCCUAAAGAUGAAUGCAACUGGGAGGCUUGAAUCAAAAGUUAACAACCCUAAUGGUUACUUGAUUGAUAAUGCCCAGCCUCCAUCUGGUGUAGCAGACAGCGGUAGCUCCUCCAAUAGAAUGUCCGGGGUGACCCUUUCAGAGGUUUUACCACCUUCUUCACAAUCACCAGCAGUAUCAGAAUCAGGAUUUUCUUUCAACUGUCCUUCAGCUGCCAUGUCUGUGGUCCAGAAUUCCUCUGGUUUGGUACAUGAGAAGAAACAAAGUACUCCAUUUCAAGAAAUGAAUGUUGGGUUGCCAGAAUUUCCUCAAACACAAGAAAUCUAUCCAGAAAAGCAUGAUGACCUAGACAUGCCUCUUAAUGGAGCUGAGUCUAGAGAUGCAGGGAAUAUGGAUGCAAUGGCAGGAUUGGUAGAUGGCCCUAUGCCAGUUGUACCUGAUGGAUUUUCAUCAGAUCUUGACAUUGAUAUCUUGCUAGACGAGAUCCCUAAGCUGCCAGGUAUAAAUGAUGUUUUCUGGGAACAAUUUCUUUCGGCAAGUCCCCUAACUGAGGAUACUGAUGAGAUCAAUUCUGGUGCAUUGGGAUGUGGUACUGGAGAGGAACAUGAUCAGAAGAUAGGGCAAGAAGGCGAAUGGGAUAGGAUGAAGCAUAUGAAUAAUGUUACGGAACAUUUGGGACAUCUUACAUCUGCAUCCAGUACUAACUGA